CUACACAAUGGCAGUCUUCUCUCAGUGAGAUGAAUCCUGCUUUGCCUUCUGCAGACCCACCCAUCCUCAUAGCAAUCAAGUAAAAGGCUAUGGUUUUCUCUUUGGGGAUCUUUUGUGCAUUACUGUUCUCCCUGAUUAGUUCUGGUCUCAGUUGGGAUUUCUUUGCUUUUUUGUUUGGCUUCAUGCUGAAAAAGGAUUUUUCCCCCAACCCUUUGGUAACAAUCCAGUGGUGAUCAAGAGGGAUAAAUCAUUCACCCUGGCCGAAAAAAAACAAUCACUGAGAAGUCUCAAAGAAAUAUACCACGUGAGGGGAAAAAACUGGGAGAAGAUCCGGAAUAUUAUCGUGUUUCCUAUGGUAAAACCGGUGCCCCUCUUCAGGAGAACUGAUUUCAAAUUAUUAUUAUGCAACCACAAGGAUCUCUUCUUUCUCAGGGUGUCUAAGCUGCUGGAUUGCUUUUCGCCCAAAUCAAUGUGGUUUCUUUGGAACAUUUUCAGCAAAGGAACGCAUAUGCUGCAGUGUCUUUGUGGCAAGAGUCUUAAGAAAAACAAGAACCCAACUGCACUGUUCAACCUCAUACCAGUGGGACUGCGCGUUGUUGCCAUCCAGGGAGUGAAGACAGGGUUAUACAUAGCCAUGAAUGGAGAAGGUUACCUCUACCCAUCAGAACUUUUUACCCCUGAAUGCAAGUUUAAAGAAUCUGUUUUUGAAAACUAUUAUGUAAUCUACUCAUCUAUGCUGUACAGACAACAAGAAUCUGGUAGAGCCUGGUUUUUGGGAUUGAAUAAGGAAGGGCAAGUUAUGAAAGGAAAUAGAGUAAAGAAAACCAAACCAGCAGCUCAUUUUCUACCCAAGCCAUUGGAAGUUGCCAUGUACCGAGAACCAUCUUUGCAUGACGUUGGAGAAACGGUCCCCAAGGCCGGGGUGACGCCAAGUAAAAGCACAAGUGCGUCUGCAAUAAUGAAUGGAGGCAAACCAGUCAACAAAAGUAAGACAACAUAGCCAGAUCCUCACAGGUGUUGUGACUUACUCAUCCUGAGCACAGUUGAGUGAUUUAUCCUUGCCAGACUUUUCUGCUCCCGUGGCUGAGGAGCAGCUGGAAGUAAGCGGAUGCUUGCUCUUUGCUGUCUUGAACUUCUUGGUUGCAAGUGGAUAAAUCUCAACCUGUUGCACCCCCCACAAUAAGAAGACACCUGGAUAACCAGCUAAACUCAGACCAUGGAAUGCCCUACCAGAUAUGGAAUGCCUUUUUAAUAUCUUUUCUGUGACCGUGACACUUCAUGUGAAUGACAUACUUCACAAGUACACUCGAUACCUUGCCUGCUGACAGCUACCCAUAAUCCUUUUUGAGUCCUGUUUCAGCGAAAUCCAUGUGUUUAAGUUCAAUUUUGUAGCACACAAAUACUACUGAGUAAUUUCUAGUUAGAAGCUGUAAACCUGUGCUAUUACAGAUUUCCCUUCUUCCCGUUUUUACAGGGCUGCUCGCUCCACUGUCUGUGACCUUUCGCAGGGAUUGUGUUCCUCUAAAUCUUAAACGUUGCAGUUGGCGUAAUUUGGAGAGUGAUCAGGGAAUCAGGAAGCCUUCUAAACCUAUUAUUACAAAUCGCAUCUAUAAAGAUUAAGAGUGUUGUCUCCGGCUCACACUAUCAAUUAAACACACAUAUAUGCUCUAGUCAGUAGCAGAUACUGUGCUCCUGAGGUUGGCGUUGCUGGGGUGAGAAAUGGGUCAAACACAGUCCGUGGGACAUUCUCUACGAUAUGUGUUUGACAUCCCCUCUAGUUUCUUUGUGUGUGUGUGUUUUAUACAUAUCACAAGCUUACUGGUAAUGGUAACAUUUGCCUUGCCCAGCGAGCAAGACCCACUGGUUUUUGAGAAAGUGGGUCCUAAGAACUCUGUAGGCCUUGUAGGCCUGAUUAAGGUUCAUUUUUCAUCUACUAAUCCUCAUUAUUUGGAAAAAAGAAAAAAAAAAUCAAUAAUUACAACCUACAAGAGUUGCGCUACCUAAAUCCAUUUCAGAUAUAAUCCUUCCUGUUUUUAAUGAACGGAACUCAAUGCCAUCCCUGGUUUUGGCUGUGUUCCACUCAUACUCAGCAGAGCAUGGGCAAGGCGGCUGUUGUGUUCUUUUCUGCAGCAGCAAUGCAAACCUUAGUUAUAAAUUAGACUUUAAUAUUUUUGGUGUUUAAUGACAAGUUUUUAAACUGGACACAUUAGGAAAAAAUAUUUUUUUGAGCUCAGCAUGCUGAGUCAGGUACUGUGUAUUUCACCAGUCCAUACCUCUAACUCAGCUUCAUGGGCCCAGGUCACCUAAUGGCUGGAGUAGAGGUGCCUUGCCAUGAUCUCAGAAGGCAGUCUGUUGAAUUAUUCUAGAUAAAAGUAAAGGCAAACCAACAUGUUCAAACAUCAGGUUUUUGGUCCAUUCGACUGAUUUGCUUUUGUUUUAUUUGCUUUUUAAAUUUCUUUUUCAAUAACUUGGAGUUUAGGGAAGACACCUACCAAGAAAGGCCAUGAAUAGUUGACUACACAGCGAAGAAACCAUACAAAAUGUUCAAUAUUGGAUAUAAAGAGUUUCAAAAUGUUUAAUACUAAAUUGUUUGGAAAUAUAUUUGUUAACUCUGUGUAUACUUAAUAAAAUUCAAUGUUUUGUCCUAAGAAGAGUUACUUGAGACCAAACUGAACCUCAUUUAUAGAAAACUAUAUGUGGGAUCAAUAUACUGGCCUCUUGUUAUUAUUUCCAUGUGGAAGGAUGACCCAGUUGUCAUCCCCUCCCUGCACUGUAUUUACUGGGAAAUUAUUUUGUCACUGCUUUUCUAAGUCUCCAUGACAGCCCUUGCCCAGCAUUUUAAAAUAUUGGCCUGCUUAGCUCAUUAAAGAUUUAGUAUAAAUUUAACUGUUUAUGCUUAUUUCAUUUUGGAUUUCAUUUCAUAUUGGAUUCCAUUUUAAUAAAUAAAAAAUUAGCAUAA